AUGAAUUAUUUUCAUAAAACAAGAAGAAGAAAAUAUUUAGAAACUCGAAAAAUAAAAAUGUCGUUUGACAAGACUGUCCUUGUUUAUGACAUGGACGGAACUCUCACAAAGUCCAGAAACCCAAUUACACAAGAGAUGAAGGAUUAUUUAGAGGCUGUUUCCAAGAAAGUCGCGUUGUGUGUUGUCAGUGGUUCUGACUUACCAAAAAUCCAGGAGCAGCUUGGUAAAGACGUCUUUUCAUAUUUUAAGUACGUCUGUUCCGAGAAUGGGUUGGUUACAUACAAAGACUCUGAGUUGAUAUGCAGAAAGAGCCUGAAAGAGCAUUUAGGCCAAGCCAAUUACAACGCCUUUGUCAAUUAUGCUCUUGUUGAAAUUGCACAGUUGGACAUCCCCGUCAAAACUGGUUGUUUCAUCGAGUUGCGUUCUGGUAAUGUCAACAUCUGCCCUGUUGGAAGAAAUUGUACACAAGCUGAACGCGAUGCCUUUGGUAUUUAUGACAGUGAACGCCAUAUACGAGAAACCCUUGUCAAGAAAUUCAAAGACAAGUUCCCAAAUCUUGGCCUUGAAUACGCAAUCGGUGGUCAAAUCUCGUUUGACUGUUUUCCGACAGGCUGGGACAAGACUUUUGCCUUGAACCAUUUGAAGGACAUAUACACUAAUAUCGUUUUCUUUGGUGAUAAAACAAUGGAAGGCGGAAAUGACUUCGAAAUAGCUCACUCACCGAUAGUUUCAAAGUACCACCAAGUUGCUGGGCCACAAGAAGUGAUGUCUCUCAUGAAGUCGAUGGGUCUUUAA